AUGACAGAAGACAACGACAACGUGUUCAUCCAUAUCCGAGCCGCCAAUAGCCUUGCAGAGAUGCAGGAGGAUAUCGCCAUGACAUCGUCGUCAUCACUUUCCGACGACCAACAGAAAGUCUUGGGCCUAUGGAUGAUUGUCGCUGGAUGUCUCUCCGUAAUUGGAUCCUUCUUCACAAUGUACCGUGUAUUCAAGAGUUCAAGCAAGACCAAUAGCUACGACCGUAUCAUAUUUGGUCUCUCUGGCUUCAACAUGCUCUCUGCCAUUACCUACAUCAUGACUCCCUUUUUGCUUCCCUCCGACGGACCCAGUUCGCGCAUAUGGAGCAAUGGCAACCAAGUCUCCUGUUCCUUCUUGGGUUGGCUCACACAGCUUUCCUUUGCGAGUGUGUCCUACACAUUCGCUCUUUCCUUCUACUUUGUGGCCAUGAUCAAGUUUCGAAUCCACAUGGACGAGUUUGCGAUUCGCUUUGAAGCCUACAUUCAUGGCUUGACCAUUUUCUUUUUUCUCUUUACGGCCACGGCGGGAGUCCCUUUGCAAAUGUACGACCAAUCCGAAAUUGGCAUGUCCUGUUGGAUUCGAGACGACUUUCCCAACAAGUGCAUUGUUGGGGAAGACUGCAUUGGCAACCAAAUCGGCUGGUUCUUUGGUGGAUGGAUCGUCUGCGCCACCUUGCUCCUGCUCGUGGUCAAUCACGUGUUGGUCUGGUGGCAGAUUCGCCGGAAAUUGGCGGGAGUGAGAAAGGGUGUGGAAACUCCCACCUGGGCCAUUCGCAUUCGACGAUCACGGAAUCAAGCCUUGCUGUAUGUUUUGGCCUUUUACUUGACGAACUCCACUCCCAUUGUUCUAAGGAUACUGGAACAAUCGUAUGGUUACACGGCGUCCCGGGAACACGAACUCUACCAAUUUCUAGUGAUCCACUCGUUCUUGGUGCCAUUGCAGGGCUUUUUGAAUACCUUUAUCCAUGCCCGCCCCAACUACUUGAAACUGCGGGCCAACGAUUAUCCCAUUAGCAUGUGCUUUUGGCUUGCCGCUUGGUACAACCGCAUUGACGAAUAUGUGGAGGGACCUGCGGGAGAGUCCAAUCUUGCUUCCAGCGGAGAUGGUUCUCGUUCGAAGGAAGAUCAAAUGUUGAGCCGUCUGGAGAAUUCCAUUCGAAUGAUGUCCGAAGUCAUUACCGAAGAACUGUCCAACGAAGAAAGUACGGAAUGGAGUCUACAAGCACUUCGCAAACUUUCCAUGACCCUACCCAAUAGCCAUAAUACCACAGGAAAGCAGCAGCAGCAGCGACAGCAGCACCACCAGUUGACAUGA